AUGACCCCCCAUCAAAAUGUUCCGCCAGUUCCUGCAGGCAGAUUCGACAAUGACCAGUCCAGACAGCAAGAUGGCGACAAUCACUCUCAGCAGCAAGACUUGCCUGAGGUACCUCCGUCACCGACCUUGACCAACCCAGAUAUGAUCCUACCGGAAGAGGGAGAGCGCGAGUCGUCCACGCCGUCUCCACCAUUCCGGUUGCCGUCUCUGUCAGAUAUGCAAUUUGGUCAACCGCACGCGAGUGGUUUUCGAAGUGCCCUCAAUUAUGGCGGAGCAACGCCCAGUACACAAAUUGGGGUAGCCGUUUCGACGCCCAGUCGACCUCCGCGCAGCGCCUGGACAUACGAGGGUCAUGCGCCCAGCCGCCCCUUAUCAGAUAUAGGAGAGGAGGAUAUUCAGUCAUCUCCGCCUCGUUCGAGGGGCUCGGACUGGAAUUCCGGCGCCGAGAACGGCCAAGGGAGGAACGCUGAAGAAUCAGAAACCGGCAGCACCAGAUCAAGUUCGACGAUUAGCGCGAGAAGUGGUCAGGGGAGAUGGGAUGGAUAUGAAAGUCGCAGCACCGAGAGUAACCGCGAUGAGCAAAGUGGAUCAAACGAAGACCCUGCUAUUCAGGAUAGUGUGGAAGCAGCGAGGGCAAAGGCAGGCGCAGCAUUGGUCUAUGGUGCUUCCAACGAUGAUGACAGUUCGUCUGCAAUUCUGAGCAGCGAGGCGGAGAGGAUUUUGGAAAAUGCGAAAAAGAGAUUGACUCUCAUGGAAGGUAAUCUUACAAGAGCCCGUUCAUCGAUUCGCCUUACUCCCUCUCCUUCUCCGUCCGGUUUGCUUCCUCUCCGGACCGGAGAGCUCUACAAAUCGAUAUCUCAAACGGAUCGGAGGAGCUCGAUCCUUCGACCCCGCCAGGUCUAUAACUCGACACAGGAUGCGGGUAGCAAUUAUCAUUCGAGGGUCUACAGCGAGACUCACCUGCCGUCGACCGUUAACAAUCAAGGUCCACCGAUACAACAGUCUCGUUCUCUAAGUGCGCUGGGAUCCACAAGCGCGUCCAGUUACGAGGCAGAUGAUGGCUCGUUUCAUUAUAACACCUCCAGAAGGAGUCCCCUGACUAUUCGACCAUCAUCUGGCUUUUAUCACCCAAAGCUCGAUUCGCUCAGGGAAGACAGGCGCAAAUCGAACUCAAAGGAUUCCUCGCUUAGGACGUCGUCGAGACAGGGCAUGUCAGCCAGCAACCACGCCCCUAAGAUAACCACGAUGGAAGAAUUUAAUUCUGUCUAUCCCUCCGAGGGCCCACCGUCGCGCGCUCAGUCACAGCUGCAAGUGCGUGAUCUCCGAGACCAAGCGGAAGGCCUGAAAACCAAGAUCUCCAUGUUAAAGAUAAAGACGCAAGAGGACAAUCUUCGCCGGCGAAGUUUGCAGAGCUUACGCACACCGAGCCCGUUCACCGCAGCCGAGCAAUGGAUGACCACUGAUCUGGAAUUUCGGGAUAGUAGUAGUAGCAACUCGAAUUCGAAUUCUGGACAGGGUUGGAGUCCGAAACAAGCAGAGGAGGAGGAGAAGGAAAAGGAGGAGUCCUCACAAACGCGCGAGGAUGAACAUUCCACCGACCCAGCGCCGUCUCCUGAGAAGGAUGUGGCGCGUGAGACCACCCGAGAAUCAGGUGACGAUAACGACGACUUCAAUUCUGUUGUCGACAGUCAUUACGAGGACGCUGAGGAGGGUGAAUAUGGCAAUAAUGAAAUGGACGGGUCUUCAGGUUCAGAGAUAGACCGUGAGGCACUCAAUGAGAUUUUGAAUGAGCCCUUGGACGACGAGGAUGAUGAGAACGAAACAUACGAGGAUCUCCCGCUGAAAGCGACGCCUCAUGAAGAGCGCGAAGAUGCAUUCGAUUACGAGAAUUUCUAUCUCCACAGCGCCCUUGGAAGCUUCUCACAAGAUAAAAUGCGGCGACGUUCGAGUUUUAGCUCGAACGACUCGGUAGAAACCACGCGGCCUUUCCCCUCAUCGACGGAUAACUCUCGACCUGGGAUACAUUCGCGUACGAACAGUACCGACUCUAUUUCCACGGCAGCGACUUUCGCCACAGCCACGGAGGGAGAUUAUUCUGACGACGAGCAAAACGCUGAAGAUGAGAUCGACCUGGCGCUCAAUUGGCCUCAAGUUCCCAGAAACGGUACGUUCACAUCCAACCAAGAUAGAUUUCUGAUGGCUGAUCCAUAUCUACCAGGCGUAUAUACCCAGCAGCAGAAGCGUCGAUCACGAAACUUGACAGUGAGUCCUAUGAAGGCGUCCGGAAUUCUGACGCCGCCUGGAUCGGGCAUUCGAGAGACGUCUGGGUCCGUUACGCCGGUCUCAGCCUUCCUGUCAGCUAAUCCCGGCUCGGGGACCUCCUCUGGAUUGAAUAAUGACGACACGCAGCUGUUGGAGCAAGUCUUCAAGAGCCUUGGAAAAGUUUGUUCGGAGUUGCAGGAUCUGACAGCGCCUGGGGUUGAUGCGGAUCCGAAGACUAUACGCACGCUACGGAGGCGACUGGACGCUGCCAGGCGUGUCCUGGAUGGCCAGCUUGAUGCGUGA